GCUGUGGUACCUAUGCGUUAAAACAGCACUUGAUGUGCUAUUUGGAACAUACUAGAUUGUGAAAGUUUUAUUUGCUGAACACCAAUGUGUCUAGUUUUAUUACCUGCACUUAUGAUACUUUACAAAUGUAAGAAACUUACAUACUGCCGACAAGAUACAACAAACUGGUUGUGUUUCCAAUUUUCUGACCUUUGAAAAGACCCUAUUUAGGUUAAAGCUAGCUACAAAUAAUACCUAUUAUACUGCCUGGCAUUAUCAUGGGUGAUGUUCGUGCUCAAUUAUCACCAGAGACUCCAGGCCGGGUGACUAUUCUGAAUCCUUUUGAAAGCCCAAGUGAUUUUUACAGCUUACAAGAACCAUUUGUUUCUAGUCCUACAGUAUUCAAGCCAGCAAAAUCCUCUGCAACUCCUAUACAAUUCAGAUGGUCCAUUGAUCAGCUUGCUGCUAUAAACCCUGUUGAAAUAGAUCCAGAAGAUAUUCAUCGUCAGGCUUUAUAUUUAAGCCAUGCAAAAAUAGAUAAUGAAAUAGAAGAAAGAAGACAAAAGGCUAUUGAAGAGUUUUUUACUAAGAGAACAAUCGUACCUUCACCAUGGACUCAAAAUGAGGCGAAACAAGCUUCUCAGUUUCAUUCAACAAAAUGUAUUGAUCGAAUUAAAGACUCUCCUUUAGGAAGAGAGCAACCUAUAUCAUCUGGAAGGAGUACAGUUGGAUGUCAAACACAGUUGUCAUUGCCAGUUGACUUUAAUUUGGAACAAUUAUUAGGAGAAUAUUUCAGAGGUGCUGAGAGUGCAGAUCAAUCCCAGGAAAAUCUGAGUGCAUCUUCACUAAGAAGAAAGUUAUUUUUAGAUGGACGUGGCAGUUUAUCUGAGGGUUCAUCUCCACCUUCCCCACGGGCAGGGCCAUAUGACCCACCACCUAUCGGAGUGCUUUGUUCAUUAGAUCUAUCUCCUGUCCGUUGCAGGAGUCCAAUGCAAACUCCAAGUUCGGGUCAGUUCUCCUCAAGUCCUAUCCAGGGUGGAAGAAGAACAUGCAGUUUGGGGAGUAUUGCCAGCCCCACUUUCUUAGAAAAAUCACCCUGCAGAAUUCCUUCUCCAUCUUUCUCCCCAAUUGUUUUUAAUUCCGGAAAAACUCCAAUGGCAGAAAAGAAGAAACUGACAUUUCCUUCUCCUGAAACACUGUCUGCUUCAAAGUCAAUGGUUAACUCAUGUGCUAGAAGCCCGUAUAUUGAGGGCUGUUCUCCAAUAAAAAGUAUUUUCGAAUUCCGCUCAAGGCCGUGCAGAGGAAAUGCGCAGUAUAGGACUUCUCUUUUUCAGAUACCAUUUGCUCUUGAUCAUCUUGAAGAUGACAAAGAGAACUCUCCUCCCCCUAAUGUUUUGUUAAAUGAGGACAUUGCAGUACAGUGUCACAGCAUGGAUACCUGUGUAUCUGAAUCACAUGUGGUAAUGGAAACCAUACCCAAAGGACUAUUUACGGCUGAUGUUGGUAGAGAGCAAGGGUCUCUUCAAAACAUGGCAGGACUGAAAGACAAUGAUACUAUAGAAAUGGUUGACCCAAUUGAAAAUGAAGAUGAUCAUACUUGGGUUAAAGAGGUUGCUGUGACUGACAACACACCUAUGACCAGUUUCAUGACUGGCAUAACAUUCAGCGUUGAAAGCUCUCAUAUGUGCAUGUCUCCUUUAGCCGAGAGUAGUGUUAUUCCAUGCGAAAGCAGCAGCAUCCAGGUGGAUAGUGGUUACACUACUCAAACAUAUGGGUCCAGUAUUAUAGAUGGAAUAGGAACUGAAAACUACAGAGAUGGUGAACUUAAAAACUCUGAAAGUCAAAAUAAAUCUCAGCAUUUCAAGGUGAAGUGUGAAUACAAAGUUCGUCAUAAAGAAUCAAAGGAAAAUUUGGCAUCAGGUUUCCUCCACUAACAUUUGAAGAUACCAGCAAUUACAUUCUUGUUCUGUUUUUUUAGGAAGACUAAAAAAUGACUUGGAAGUAAUGUGCCAUAAAAUGUGAAGAUGCGUGAAGCAUAGUACUUGUUUAUUAGGAUAAUCAAUGGCUGCUUUGCACUGUUGCACAACAUAUACAUUUUAUUCUGUUACUGUGUUUUGUGUUCUCUAGGACAGGCUGCCAGUAAGUUGCAAAAUAAAGUGUUGUCAAGAGCAUUACAGCAGGUAAAAUGGUUUCUAUAACUAUGUGAGUCUUGUGCAAUGAUGUCCACAUUUUUAUUUUUAAACCUUUUAAUAUAUGGUGUUUCCUAUAUGUGGAAUUAAAUAAAGCUGCUUUUUAAUGUAAUAUAACUAUGCCCUUGAGGAGAAACUAUAUGAUGAUUUAUUGACCUUAUGUCAUAAUAUAUUGUCUUAUCAAAACAUUUUAAAACUUAUUUAUUUUGGUAAACCGCAUUGUUCUCAGCAUAAUAACCACUCCACAACUGUUGUGAUGCUUUCCUAUAGAAUUGUGCUAAAAAUAAAGGGAUUUGCAGGUACGUGAACUAUAGAAACUCGCACUGAAAUGUGUCCUUUAGAAGAUUUAAAAUGGUUACUUCAACAACCCAGUAGGGCAGUUAGUAAACAUACAUUCGGCUAUUAUGAAUCAAUCCAAAUGCCAAAGACAGUGGGCGCAAGCCACAUUUGGCAAUUUUCGGAGCUGGAUUUCUUCUUGUGAAGUGCCACAUUAAAAUCUAAGUGUUUUGCACUUUCAGAGUAAUAAAUCCAGCUUUGAAAAUUCUCAAAUGCAGCUUACGGCCGCUGUCUUUGGCGUUCGGAUAGGCCUGAAAUAGCCAAAUACGCAUGUCUAGCAGUUAGCUUUGCUCUUAAACCAGAUCACUCCUGAGGCAGACUGCAUGGAUAAGUGCACAUACAACAUUUUCUCAUUUUACAAUUAAAUAAGUAUCAGUAGUUCAAGUUCAUAUCCAUUUAAAAUUUGCUAAUGUUUAAACAAAUUUUUCAAUUUAACAGAAACCAUUUUUAGUUUUUUUUUUAAAUCAAGACUACUUUAAAAUACUUGACUGUAUAUAAAUUACACUAUUCAUUUUAAUAAUCAGUGCAUUAUAAAAAAAAAAUUAUAUCCCUUUUUACUAGUGUAAAAUGAAGUAUUUAUACUGUGGUUUUUAUUUUUUUUUAUUUUUUUCUAAAUGUAAACCUUAUGCAGUUCCCGAAAUUGGUUAAGAAUUGCCCAAUCUAUUUAAACAAUUUCCUUUUUUUAUUUUUUUACUUUGAGCAAUUCUAGAUGUGCUUUAAGAAACAUUGGAUAAAAAAUAUUUACCGCAUUCAUUUUUAUGACAAAGCAAUAUUUUACAUAUAACUGGCUCCCAAAGACAACUCCUAUAGCUCUGUUGAUGGACGUGUGUGUGUGUGUGUGUGUAUGUAUGUAUAUAUAUUCACACUUGCACUAGCCGGAACCCUAUAUUAGCUUUUCUAUAAAGUGUUCUUAAUGAUAACAUCUGUGAUGUCUUUUGAUAUUUGUUAAAUUUUAAAGUUAACUUUUAAAUAUCUUUAAAUGGAAGGGUUUUUUUGUUUUGUUUCAUGCUUGUUAAAAUGUAUUCUGUCCAUCAUCAUGAGUUGUUGAAGUUAUUCUUAUCUGACAGGAAUUCUUCCAUAUGUACAAUUUUUCCUGUUUAAAUAUUUAUAUCUCAACCUUUUCCUUAAUAAGAAGAAAAACGUAAUGUGCUCUUAAAUUUGUAUGAGGGUAUUUUCUGGAAGUAUGGUGUCUAUACUUCUUUAGUAGGUGAUUUGGUUAUACGUGCCUAGUACUGAAUAGAAUUCCUUUUUGUCUUAAAUAAUCACUUAUACUUGAACUGAAAUUAAUAAUCACUUGUACUUGAACUGAAAUUAAUAAUCACUUGUACUUGAACUGAAAUUAAACUUAACACUGUCAUACAUAGUACAAAUGCAUGUUUACAAGUUAUAAGAUAACUAUCCUAAUGAUGCUGGGCUUUGUAUACCAUGCCUGUGGUUUGCCCAGUAUUUUGCCAUUUAAGCUGGAACAAAACAGCCAGUGAAGCUACCUUUCAUAAAGUGGGAGCAUAAUUAAGGAUGGGGUGUUUUGAUUUUUUAAAAUCCGGUUUUGUCCUAAACACCCCUAUUAUUAUUCAUUCAGUCUAUAGAAUGUUGUACCUCCACCAUAUAAUUUUUUUUUAUUUGAUAUGAUUAAAUGCUGAAAGAUGUCUGGACAGUGUUAACAAAUCUGAAUACAGUUGAAUUUGUAAACAACAAUGUAUAAUGGUUUUGUUCUAAAAAAAAAAAAAUUGUAUGAUUUUUAUUUUUUUUACACCUCCAAAGAUGUGCAUCUUGUGCCUUUAAAACAGAAAUUUGCUAACUUUUUUUCUUUUUUGCAGAAUGUUUAAAUGGUUGUUUUAGAUGACCUUAACAAUACUUAUUUAAUGUUUACAUAAGUUAUUUGAUAAUUGUCACAAUUUUGUAAAAACAUUUUUAUAACAUAGUUUCAAUGACUGUGAAAGAAAAAUGCCAUAAUAAAGAAUAAAAUUGUCAGUGUGUGGAUCAAAUGCUGACCAUUAAUGUGG